AUGGAUUAUUUCUACGAAUUGGCGAAACAGAUUUACGCAAGUCAGCGAUACCUUCACGAUUUGCUCAUUGCGGGAGACGUUACGAUUGUUACCAUCGCCAGAAAUCACUUUGACGAGCAGCCUUUAGAUCCUGUGACGGCGAAACAAGUCAAAAAUACGGAAAUUAUCAACAAAAUGCUCGCACUGCUUGCCAAUUACUACAACGUUCAAAAGUACGAAUUGCCCCAUUAUGAGCACACAAGUUGUUUCGAUUGCUUGACCACCGCUGAUAAAUUCAAAAAGGAGCCGUUUUCGUGCCGUUACUCCAAAUACUACGACAUUGAUGGGCAUUGUUUGAAUCCCAAAUUACCUGGAAGUGGAGCAGUUUAUCGUGAAUUCCGUCGCUUGGCUCAACCUUUUUGCACGCUCCACAACGAGCAUACCUAUUGCGAAAUGCCAGGCGUGAGAAAAGUUUCGCUUGCCGUUAAAUACACAAAAGCCACGCGAGAAGAACCACUUUAUAAGGAAACAAGUGAUCACGGCAGCCUUGUUCCGAAUGUGUUUGUGUUGAAUUUGGCACAAAAUAACAUUCAUGACAUUGUUCAUCCACGUUACCAGUCAAAUUCGCAGGGACAUUUGGGACAUGCAGGAUGCUCGGUUGACCAACGGACACGUUUGAACAGCGUGAUUUUGGCUACUGCUGUCGCUCCGAUCAGUGUUGAUUGUACGGAUCCGUUCUACAGUCAAUUUAACGUGACUUGCUUGAACUUUGUACGCGGCCAGACCCUUAAUGAGGAUUGUCAGUUGAGACAUGCUGGAAUUUUAAACCAAAACACAAUUGUUGACGAUUUGGAUCAAGUUUACGUAAGAACAACUUCCCAUGGUCGCGAAUUCUUGAACGCCGACAACGGAGAUCAUCUCUUCACGGAACACGGCUUACCGGUUGUCGGUGACGAGAGAUCCACACAACACUUGGGUCUCUAUUCCAUAUUGUACUUCUACUCAAAACUUCAUAAUUUGAUUGCCGAAGACUUGCGCAGAAAAUGUCACAAACUCGAAGGAUAUGAAGUUUUCCAAAAGGCACGAGCAUUGAACAUUGCUUUGCAUCAACGGUACUUCUAUGACGAAGUUGUUGCAGCUUUUAUUGGUUCCGAUGCUGUAAAAGAACAUCAACUUUCCUCUGAAUUUGAUACUUUUGACGAGUUCCAAGAGGCGGAAAUUCUCUCGGAAUAUGCCUGUGCUGCUGGAAGAGCCGCUCAUAAUUUUGUGCCUGAUGAAAUGAAACUCUUCGACAGACAUGGAAAAGAAGAAUCAACAAGAAAAUACAGAGAAACUUUCAGCUUUGAUCGGGACAACGAGAAACUCGUGCGUCAAGUUGGAUUCAGUACAGUUCUUCAACCGUGGAAAGUCGAUGGUUAUUCCGAUGAAGUCGGAAAUUAUCUCUUUUAUGACUCACAUUUGUGUUACGGCACUGACUUAUUGUCGCUCGACUUGCAACGUGGACGUGAUUGUUGUCUGAAGCCGUACGUUCAUUACUUGAAGCUUUUCUUUGACAAGUGCGUUCGCGAUUGGGAUGAUUUGCGGGAGUUUAUGUGCGAGAAAAAUAUCCGAGUUUUGCAGCAACAUUACAAAUCGGUGCAGGAUGUUGACUUGAUGGCCGGCGGAGAAAUGGAGGACCGACAUGGCACAAGUUUGUACGGAAAAACAUUCACGAAAAUUGUUGGUGAGCAACGUCGACGAUUGAAAAAUGGCAAUUCCAAAUGGUGGACACGCAUUUACUCGAAGAAGCAACAAGAAGAGUUGAAGAAUCCAACAUUGGCUGAUCUGGUUGGUUUGGUGUUUGGGUAUGAUAAAGUACCGAAAAAUGCCUUGUUUAGUUUGAGUAAAGAAAAUCCGUUGGUAUCAUGUCGAGCUAAGCGUUUGUCGGAUGUUUUUGAUGUCAAAUUGUUUUGUGACUUUGAAAAAUUGUAG